UUAAUUUUUAUUAAAAUAUUAAAUUAGCAAAAUAUCAGUAUUUAAUCAGAGAGGAAAGAUAAGGGAGAGCCGCCGUCGUGCUUCUCUCUCUCCUCCUCUUUCUUUCUCUCUCUAGCUUUGUCAUCUGUUGCCCAAUACCUAAACCUAAUUUCCAUCCCCUCUCCGAUUUAAUUCGAAUUUAAUAUUAUUAUUUUUUUUCUCUAUAAAUCGGAUGGACGCUCCCUUCUAUUAACCUUGUUUCCUUCCCCGUCCGUCUUCUACCUCUCGCCUAAUUUUUGCUUCCUUUUCCCUCUCUAUUGUGAUGUCCUUGUAGCAAUUAGGGUUUCCUUACACAGGCAAGCCAAGCAGCUCAACUCUUCACCCAACUUCAGGUUGUACGACGUCGUUUGCAAGCAAGGAAGAAAUGAAUCACUGUGCGAUUCAGCAAGGAAACGCCCUCUCAGCUUGCGACGACAUGAGGACUUGUUCCAGAGACUCGGUAGUUUGUCCCAAACCUCGCCGAUUUGGUCUCCUUAACGUUAACCAGAACGAUCCCGUCAGAUCUCUCCGAUGGCAUCUCGGCCACCAAGCGGAGCUCUAUGAUUCGAAAGCAGGGUCUGAAAUUUUGGACAACAUUCUCUCAAAGGGAUCUUUUGGUGUUGAACAAUUAUCGUGUACAGAAAUAGCCUCGCCGCACCCAUUUUUCAGCGGGUCACCGCCGAGCAGAGUAGCUAACCCAUUAAUUCAGGAUGCUAGAUUUGGGGAUGAGAAACUCACCCCAUUGUCACCACUGUCGCCAACCGCUCCCCCAUUGGGCCUUUCAUCGUCUCCUUCAUCAUCUGCUAGGAAAGGAGGCUAUGCUCGGGCCAGUUUCGGGAGCAAACCAGCAGUGAGGAUCGAGGGGUUUGAUUGCCUGGACAGGGAUCGACGUAAUUGCAGUAUCCCUACCCUGGCAUGAGAUCCCAAUUCAAUCGAUGAAGGUACAUAGGAAAAGACUGAGCUUAAAGUUUGAUAUAGCCAACCACAUUACUUUGAUAGCACUGUGAGGAAAUUUUGAAAUUUUCAGCACGAGAAGAGAACUACGACGAUCCUUCUACCUUGUGUAUAUAUGUACGAGGGAUUUGUGUAAAUGAAAUGUGUCAGUGUCGUGUAAGUAAAUGAGAUGUUAACCAAAUAAUAAACGGGUUCAUCGAUCGUGUCUAGGAGUGUUUACGACCCUCUUGUAUUGUAAAAAGUAAAAGAGUACUGUGGGAAAAUUUUCGUUGUGUUUCCAUUUAGGUGUUUCGGAGUUUCAUAGAGCGGCUUGCGAAGCGAAUCUGUAUAAAUUGAAGCCGCUGUUGAGUCGAUCUAAACAGUCGUUUAGUGUGUAAAUAAAGCAUUUGUGUUUUAGUCCGUCUUCUGUUGUGUAUGACA